GUGUUGAACGCUGGAGAAGAAAGAAAUUUCUCCGGUCAAAAUUUGACACCAUUAUGUUACGCGCAUUGAAAUUGGUGAUGUCCCCUGAUGAGGCAGCAGCACUCAUCGUGACUUCCACAUCAAGCACACAUCAAGCACACAUCAAGUACACACCAAGCAAGAUGAUCGCCAAAGAAAAGAAGAAGAACCUUCCGCUCCGCCCUAAGGGCCAAAAUACAAAACCUCCGGCGGCUUCGGCUGCUAAAAAUGUUUCUGCUGGUGGCGGAACGAUUUCCAAGGCGGAGAAGAAGAGAAAGAAGAAGGAUGCGGAGAUGGAGGAGGAGGUUGAGAGGAGGGUGAAGCAGAGGCUGGCCGAUGGCAACCAAGAAGCUUCGAAUGCUGCUGCGGGGGGUGGGGAAGAGAUGCCGGGGGUUGAAAAAACCCUGGUUUCAACCCGGAUCUUGACCCCGGGUCAAGCGUUGAGGAAGGGAGAAUUGUUGGCAGAAUUGGCGCAAGUUAAGGGGGUUCGGGCCCUGUUGCAAGAAGAGAAGAAAGCUCUUAAGAGCAGGCAAGCGGCCCUGGAUGCCCAACAAAAAGAGUUGCAGAAGAGGCAGGAGGAUAACCAGACCUCCUUUGACCAAUGUGUCAAGGAGUUAAAGUCUUUAAGUUAGAAAAAGAGAUACUAUAAAUUGCUAAAAUGAAUAAAUAAACA